AUGACGUCUAAGGUGCUAGUGAAGUUGCCCACGGUGCCAUUUUCUCAGGGAAAAAAAUCAACGCCGGAGCUAAUGAGUCUGCCGGCGAGAAAUGACGGCGUUGCAACGCCCUUAAGGUCUCAGCAAACGCCUGGAAAUGGUGACAGAACUGCUCAACUCGAGCAAAAUAUGAAGUUUCUUCAAGAACAGCAUCAAGCUACUCUUGUAGCUUUGCACCAGGAAGUAGAAACUCUACGCCAACGAAACCGAGGUACGGAAAAUUUUUAUUUAUAUUUUUUUUAUGAUACUGAAAUCAGCUAGCACUUGACUAUUUUUUAAAUUUUAUUUAAUAAAUAAAUUAGCUCUAGAAAGUUAUUUUAAAAAAAUGCAUUUAUAAUUUUUUACAACUUCUACUUGUGAAAUUUUUUAAAUAAUUUUUUUUUUUUUGUCUUAAAUCUUAAAAAAAAUUCCUAAAAAUCAUCAAAUGUUUGUCAAUUUCAGUGUCAUUUUAUUUUGUAUUAGUAGAAAAAAUUUCGAUAUUUAUUUUAAAUCAUUAAAAUUUUUUUGUAAUAAAAAUAAAAUUAUUAUUCAAUUGUGUAUCAAAACAAUACUUAUUAUUAUAAACGUUAAAAUAAAUAAUAAUUAAAAUUUAUUGAAUGAAUUAAUUAACUUGCUAUUCAAAUUUUAGAUUUGCAGUUUCAGUUGGUAUUUACGAAAGGUACUGCGUGUACAAACAGCCCAUCGUCACCAGAAGACAAUUCUAGUGGGUUCGUGAAACCAAAGGGAAGCCCAGUUAGUGUCAAUGUUACUCCUCUGCAGAUUGAACUUCUUGAACGUGAUCUCGAGGAGCUCAAGGUGUCAUUCAAUGACGUGAAGAAGCAAAAUGUUCACCUUCUUGAGAUUAUAGAGCAACAGAAAUUGAAAUUAGAACAAACGGCUAAAGAAAAAGAAAAGCUCAAAGUCACUGAUGCGUCUAUACAAGUAGAAGAAACAAAUUCAGUUAACAGUGAGCUGGUGGUACGUCUUGAGGAUGCUGAGUUGCUGGUAAAGAAACUUCAGCGUGAGAAUUCAGAGCAGCAGCGUGAAAUAUCAACAAUAAAAGCAUCUUCUGCGAAAAACAGCAGCGGGAAUCGCAGUGGACAUGGACGAGGACGAGGAAAUAAUGAGAAUGGUCAUCACAGUCGCGGAUCAUCUGGCGAUCCUGGACAGUCCAGUAGAAAUUCUUACAAUUUUCCUCCCCUGGAAAGUGAGAGUUAUUGGCGAAACGUUACUCGAGGUCGUCCUAGCUAUGACCGUCAAUCGGGACACCAUCGUCGCAAUCGUAUGGAUAAAAAGGACAGUGAACAACCCGACAUGUCACGCCACAUUGUUCUCCCGGAGUUACUCAAUAGCAAUGUGAAGCCAGAGAUACCUUGCUAUCCGCAAUUCUAUCCUCGAUCAUCGCGAGGCUAUCACAACGGUGGUGGUGGAAGUGCUGGCGGUAAUUAUUAUCGAGAUGGUGGUAAUCGCAAGUUUCGGGGCCAAGGACGUCAAAGAGAUCGCCGAGACCAACAAGACUCGCGAGGCGAUCAUCGUGAUUACCGCGACAGAAAUUCUAGAGAUCAAUCGAGAGAUUUCAAUGACGGCGCACAUAUGUCUAAGAAACAGUAA